GCGCAGGCGCGUACGCACGCCCGGUUAAGAUGGCGGACUAAUUUCAAGUUGGAAUUUAAAAUUAAUUUACAUACGUGUUUCAAAAUCGUUUUCAUGGAAUAUAUAUAGCAUUGAUUGUUUUUAUGUACUUCAUAGGUCGAUCAAGGACAUUGAAUUAGUGCAUUAUAAGUCGUAGCUACAUGUUGAUAACAUUGUAUUACCUAUAUGAUUCAACAGUUAUUGUGCAUGAAGAAUUAAUAUGUUUUCGGACUAUUAAUCUCAUCAAAAUGAUAUGACGCGAACAAAAUUUAUUUCGAGAAACUGGAAGACGUAGCCUAAAAGGCUUGUUUCGAGUAAGGUUCGAGCGCGGCUCAACUCGCGGUCGACCUUACUAACAGGUGAGGCGGCGACGCCACACAGAACAUGAUACUAAGGUUGCCGUGCCCUUUUACGCAGACGUCGCUCGCAAGUUUACGACAAGCGCCCGCAUCCGGCCACUCCGCCGGGCCGGCCUGGUGGACCAUGAUGAACGGGGUCGGCGGCGCGCUGUACGAGGAAGCGCACGCGUCGCCACCCGGGGGCUCCCCACCGGCCGCACCGGCAGCUGCACCGCCCUCCGCAUCCAGCGCUUCGCCGGCCUCUGUCGGCUCCAACCCCCCACAACCGCCACUGCACAUUCCUGCUAAGCGGUAUGAGCCGGAACCGGGCGUUAUACGUCACGCGCAGCAGCCCUGGGGAUACCCACCUGACGCGCCAGGCUCCUUUGAGCAGUACCCCACCGGUCCUACCUACUAUAACUUACCUGUGGAAAGAGAACGCAAGUCAACGUUACCUUUCUGGCCAACGAGUAGCGGCGAGUACAAACCCUAUGCAGAUGGUGGUUGCCACCAGGGCUUCUCGCAACCUUGCUGGAAUUACCCAUAUGGAGCACCGAGAGGUGACCAGCCUUUACCAUACGUCAGUGGCGAAGAACGACGGACGGCAGUCUCCGAGGCGUCUGGUUUCUCCCACGAUGCAUAUGGCCUACGAAAUUACGCGCCAGAGACUGUAUCCAGCGCGCCUUACCCACCUCCAGGAUCUCUGCCGGGUUCUCUAUCGAUGUCUGUGGGCGUCGGUGUUGGAUGCGGAUCCUCAAACCCCCUCGACUGGACUGGUCAAGUGACGGUCCGCAAAAAACGUAAACCCUAUUCUAAGUUCCAAACUCUCGAACUAGAAAAAGAGUUUCUUUUCAACGCUUAUGUAUCGAAACAGAAGAGAUGGGAGCUGGCGCGGAAUUUGAACCUAACCGAGAGGCAAGUGAAAAUAUGGUUUCAGAAUAGACGGAUGAAAAACAAGAAGAACUCGCAGCGACAAGCGGCGCAGGCGGCGCAGAAUAACAACAACAAUUCAAAUGCUAACAACCAUAACCACCACGGCGGACACCAUCAUGCACCGCACCAUGUCGCGCUGCACCACGCCGCACCGGCCAAACACCAUCAGUGACCCGCGCCUUUCUCUGGGACUUAUCCCCUUCAUCACGGUAUAGCCAGCUAAAUUAGACGAACCGGGAAGGAAAGUUCCAUAGGACUUGAGUGUGAAAGUGGUCGUACUUAAUAUUUGAAGGUUACGAGAGGAUUCGUUUACGUCCAAUGUUUGUUACCGGAUAGACUAAAGGAACGUUAUACUCACGCUAUGCCGUUUCGUACGUAAUGUGGACGCUGAGCAAGCGCCAGGAGCGCUCCAGUCCCAGAGAAUCUCAUAGUAAGAUAAUUAUUGUGUUGUCGAUUUGUGUAUAGUAUUAAUUACGAAAUAAUGUUCUGUAAUUUUAACGAGACUAAGUACAUGAAUAGAUAACGAUUCCUGAUAUUAAUAAUAUCUAGUAUAGCGCUGAUGUAUUUGUUUAUUUAAGUACGAAAUACGAACAUUAAAGACGUCACCCAUGAUUAUAGUUUCUAGAUAGUUUAUUGAAAUAAAUUUUGUAAAAUAUUUUGUGAGACUGCUUAUUGUUGUAUUCGUAAAGCUGUUCAGAGGGUGAUUAGUCAUAAUCAGUUAACAUUUUAUUUUCGUUACCAAAUUGUUGAAUUACUCGGGUUGCUUCGGUGGCAGUUUUAUAGAUGUCUAUCAUAGUGAUAUGAUAUUCGUGCGACAUUGAUAGGUAGCAGCCAUUGUAUGUAAGUACUAUAUAGUUUAUAUUCGCUACCAACGACGCAUCACAUCUCUAAAUAUCGAAUAUAUUACAAUAAAGUAUGCAAACAUGGCAAUCGCAUUAUGAUCAAAUAUUUAUUACUGUUUAAUUUCUUAUCUGAUAAUUCGUAAAUUUUGUUAUUUAAAUUAUGGAUUUCUGACAAAGCUUUAACUUGGUUCCAGUAGAAUUAUACAUUAAGUUACUGUUAUGUCAUUUUUUAAAUAUUGAAGUUGAUGUUAUAAUCAAUUAGGUAUUAUGGGCAAGUGCAUUAAUAUUGUCCCCUAUUGGUUCAUUGUACUGUUCGCUUAAGCCUCUCUUAUUACUUUUAUUAUUUUUGUUUUAGUUGAAUAUUUUAUUAUUUAUUUAUACACGAGCAUAUAACUGAAAUUUUAAAAUAAUUGUAUUUUGUCUACAUCGAAUAUAUUGUGUAUUGUACUAUAAGUAUGUACAUCGUGUACAAAUUCUUACAAAUUUUAUUAUUUGACCUUAGAAUCUAAUUUGAUUCAACCCAGUUUUAGGAUUAUCAUCUUUGUACUAUUUAGCUACCUUCAUCUUCCCUAUUUUAUCGUAUUAUAUCUAUGUAAUAAAUGUUUUCUUGUAAACUUAGUAGUUCACUUGGAUCUAAUUCAUUAAAUCUGUAUUGUCCCGUAAUUUUAUAGUGAAUAAUUAGAUGUUUUUGUACAAAAUGGCGACCUCGUCUAGGUGACCGAAUUUCAAUUUAAGCGAGGCACAUAUUGCCGUGCGCUUGCUACUAGACGAUGACUCGAUGACUAAGUUUAUAUGAUUGUUACAUUAGCAACAAUCCUUCUCUACCUAAUAAGCCGAAAAAGAAAAAUCCUGUCUGUUUUACUUUACGAACUUUAUCUGAAAAGCAACUGAAAUGAAAAUGCUCAUGAAUUAGAUUAAAAUUUAUCACCUUUUGAUAUUGGCCAAGUACUUAGUUAACAUAUUUAUCGAUUGGUUUACAUGUCACUCUCCAAUGAUACAGGCUGAUUGCUUUUCAGAUGAAGCCUUCACAUAUUGUAGUUUAAUAAUACGGACUGUAUAUUCAACGAUUUCAGUAGACAUUAUGAAUAGAAACAUACUUAUCUAUACUAUAUUGUAAUAAUUAAAGGUCUCGUAAUUAUUAUUGUACAGAUAAAUUAAAGUAGUUAAUCACGCCAGAAAAUGUGAGGUUUUGUUAAGUAAUAAUGUAUAAUUAAAAAUGAAUGUGCUCUCAACAAUUUUAUGACGAAUUUAGAAAAGAAUGUAUGAAAGGGAAAAAAUUAAAUACUUC